AUUUUAUUAUGGUCAAGAUCCUCCCUUGCACCUCCUUCUACUUUGACUCCGCUCGCCACCCGCCUCCUUCCAUUUCGACGCCCGCCUCUCUCCAUUUCGACUGCCGACCACCGACUCCGAGCUCGCCACCAACUUAAUUUCAACAUAAAUAUCGUCCAACAGUUUGAAAGAAAUGGCAACUUCGGAUAGUAAUUUAAGCAUGUCUCCUCCCAGUUCUUACAGUGCGGUGGUUCUAGGCGGCACUUUUGAUCGUUUGCAUGAUGGCCACCGUCAAUUUCUUAAGGCUGCAGCAACAGUAGCUAGAGAUCGAAUUGUGAUUGGUGUCUGCGAUGGCCAUAUGCUAGUUAAUAAGCAGUAUUCUAAUCUGAUCGAGCCUGUUGAAAAACGAAUGAAAAAUGUUGAAGAUUACAUAAAGUCAGUAAAAUCGGAGCUUGUGGUGCAAAUAGAACCAAUUGUGGAUCCUUAUGGACCUUCUAUAGUUGAUGAAAAUUUGGAGGCUAUCAUUGUCAGUAAGGAAACAUAUCCAGGAGGACUAUCUGUCAACAAGAAGAGGGCUGAGAGAGGUCUUUCGCAGCUAAAGAUUGAGGUUAUCGAUUUAGUCCAUGAAGAAUCGACUGGGGAGAAAUUGAGUUCUACUGCAUUGAGAAAAAUGGAAGCUGAGAAGGCAAGGAAGCUUCAGUUAGAAGGUCAGCUUUAAUCCAUGGUUGUCUAUAUAAAUUCUCAGAUGUGCAGAUGCAGUCAAUGAAUAAUACCAUCAAUACCCAGAAAAAUAUUCUUAAUAUGUUGUACUAGCUCGCUCAAACAAACAAAUUCCAGAUAGAAAAUUGUUCUCACUAAACUGUUAUCUUUACUCAAAGCAGCUGAAAAAUGUUCUCAAUGUUCUUGUUCAUAGUCUUUACAUGUUAUUUUAAUGAAAAUUCAUAGAUUACUUUUUCCAUUGUAAAUGUGAGUACAUAAUUAACAUUUUCUUCUAGAGUUUUGCUUUUGUAUUAUUGCGAAUCAUAAUCUAUUGAUCA